AUGGCAACUUGUGGAUGCUGGGCGUUUGGUGUUCUCCUAUUUUUUUUCGAUUUGGGUAGGUGGAUGGAUUUCGAGCCAAGCCAAGUGGCCGUUUGCGCAGGUGAGAUGGGAUCCAAGUGCCGGUCGCCGCUGUUUGAACGGUCGGAUAGGAGCUUCCCGGCGGCAUCCCAGCUGUGGAACCGAGCAGCGGGGGCUCUGGUGGAGCCGCCCUUGGUGCGCUUCGUGCCACCGGGCUUUGUGGUGAAGGAAGAGUCCGUGGCGAAGAGCUAUGAGGCUUCGGAGCUGCACUGGGGCUUCAUUGGCGCCGUUGGUGGAAUGCAAAGGAGACGUUUGGAGUGCCUGGAACACCUGCAGAAGCUCUUCCCAAAGUUGGAGAGCUAUCAUGCCUGGAAUCUUCAGCAAUGGAGGAGUUUAACAGCAAAUCCCAACUUGGCUUUCUUCAACAUCCAUCAGGAUUGCAACAACCAGAGUCGACCUGAAGAGCAGAAACCCUUGGAAACUGUCCGAAUCUCAGGGCUCUUGAGCGCGGGCUUUUUCGUGGUCACUGAAGAGAUCAAUCAACUGGACGCAGAAGCCUAUGAUGGCAUUGUUUAUGUGGAGAAGAACAUGUGGCUCCCUUUGGAGUCCUGGAGCGUGGAGCUUCGCCGUUUGCUCAGCAACAGCGAAGGCCUCACGCGCUACGUGCAGAAGGCCCAGCGGACCUUCCAGAGGAAGUUCGCGGCGCGGCGAAUUCUGGAAGACGCUCAGGUCUGGGAUGGUGGCUACGAGCUGCAACCACAUGGCGCCUGUGUGGCGAUCAAAAAGUCUCACCGAGCUGCCUGCGUGAUCAAUUGA